GCCAUGGCAUCUUCAGCAAACUUAGAUGCUGGGGACCAGUUAAUUGUAGAAGAAUGUCCCACUACCUACAGCCUUCCGCCCAUGCCGGACAUUAAAGUGGAGCAUCAGCUUGACUCUAGCACAGAGGAAGGCCCAGCCCAGAGUGUUGCCAUGGGAAUGAAAUUCAUUUUGCCCAAUAGAUUUGAUAUGAACGUCUGCUCGCGAUUUGUCAAAUCUUUGAAUGAGGAAGACAGUAAAAAUAUUCAAGACCAAGUUAACUCUGACCUUGAAGUGGCAUCUGUCUUAUUUAAAGCUGAGUGCAACAUCCACACUUCUCCUUCCCCUGGUAUCCAAGUAAGACAUGUUUAUACUCCAUCAACUACGAAGCAUUUCUCACCAAUAAAACAAUCAACUACCCUAACGAACAAACACAGGGGAAACGAAGUCUCUACAACACCUCUGCUUGUAAACUCUUUAUCAGUUCAUCAGCUGGCUGCUCAGGGAGAAAUGUUAUAUCUGGCCACACGUAUUGAACAAG